UCUUAGAUUUUUUUUUUUUUUUUUUGUAAUUUUAUGUUAUUAGGCAACACAAAAAGAUAUCCUAAAAAUUUUGGGAAUUAUGAGCCAAACCUAACUGUUUUAGAAGUUUGAGUACGGACAAUUCCCCCGCACGACCUCACCGCCGUUGCUGUGCCACGACCAUGCUUUCACUAGUCUGCAGUUCCUUGAAAAUUCAUUUUUAGUUAGCAGGAAACACUGGAGCACAAGAACUAAAAAGAAGAAGUCGUAAUGAUUCAAGAAAUCUGAGUUAAAUAGGGUUCCGGUCUUGAGAGAGAAGGGGCGGGGGGGCUUCAGGAGAAAGAGAGAGUGACUGAAGGGGAGAUGGCUUCUUGCGGGAGGAUGAUUUCCUCAAAUCGGUUCUACCGUGUUCCGCACAAAUCACUUACGUGUCAGAUUUCUAUUGAAGAGGGUAAAAUCAAACUUCACGCCGCAUCCUGUUGGCUGUUUGAAGGUGACUCUUUCUCAAUAAUAAAGUGUCAGAGCUCAAACACCUCUGACUUUCUUCCCAGACUCCACUGUCUCUUUUCGUUCCAUUCUCUCGAAGUGUUACCCUCUCCUUCCCCCUUUCCCCUCCCUCUAAAUCGAGACGAUUGUGCCUUCUUGAUAGGGUGAGUCCUCCAACUCACUUUCAUGGUUUCACCUGCUCCUUGAUCCAUUUUCUACUUCCAGAUUCUCUUGGGCUUUCGCUAGUCCAAAAGCACAUUUUAUUCCGUCUCCCAAAACAAACGCUAUUCUGCAAAUUGAUUUUUGCAUCAAGUUCUUAAGCACCCCAUAAAGGACAUGUGGACUGCAAACUUCAGUUCGAUUUCUUUUGGCACUGGAUGCUUUGGGAAGGACGGAGCAAUUAUUACAAAGGUUAAUAAGCGAAAGGAAGGGAAGAUAUUUGUCAAAUGUGCUGUGAAUACCAAAACCCAGAAACCAGACAAGGCAGUUCGGAUUGGUGUUCUUGGAGCUAGUGGUUACACUGGUUCUGAGAUUGUUCGGUUGCUGGCAAACCAUCCACACUUUGGCAUUAGUCUGAUGACUGCUGAUAGAAAGGCUGGUCAAUCGAUUGGAUCAGUGUUCCCUCAUCUGGUCUCACAAGAUUUACCGGAUAUGGUUGCCAUCAAGGAUGCCGACUUUUCUGAUGUUGAUGCUGUGUUUUGUUGUUUGCCGCAUGGGACCACUCAGGAAAUCAUCAAAGGCCUUCCUAAGGGUUUGAAGAUUGUUGAUCUUUCUGCAGACUUCCGGCUGCGAGAUAUAUCUGAAUAUGAAGAAUGGUACGGUCAGGCACACAGAGCACCAGAUUUGCAGAAAGAAGCUGUAUAUGGUUUGACAGAGAUUUUGAGAGAGGAGAUUAAAAGUGCACGUCUAGUUGCUAAUCCUGGUUGUUAUCCAACAUCCAUUCAGCUUCCUCUUGUUCCAUUGAUAAAGGCUAAUCUCAUUCAAUAUAGAAAUAUUAUUAUUGACUCAAAAUCUGGUGUGAGUGGAGCAGGGCGCGGUGCUAAGGAGGCAAAUUUGUACACUGAAAUUUCUGAAGGCAUUUAUUCUUAUGGGAUGACCAGGCAUCGCCAUGUUCCAGAAAUUGAACAGGGACUCUCCGAUGCUGCGCAUUCAAAAAUAACAAUCAGUUUCACUCCACACCUAAUGCCAAUGAACCGCGGAAUGCAAUCAACUAUGUAUGUGGAAAUGGCUGCUGGUGUAACAACUGAGGAUUUAUACCAACAAUUGAAGAUAUCUUAUCAGGAUGAAGAAUUUGUUAUUUUGUUGGAGAGAGGAGUUGCCCCUCACACUCAUAAUGUUCGAGGAUCCAAUUAUAAUUUAAUAAAUGUCUUUCCUGAUCGAAUACCAGGAAGGGCAAUAAUUACUUCAGUUAUUGAUAAUCUUGUAAAGGGAGCAUCAGGUCAAGCUUUACAGAAUCUCAACAUCAUGUUGGGAUAUCCAGAAAAUACCGGGCUUCUUUACCAGCCCCUGUUUCCUUGAGAACUCGUUAUUUCCAUAUUCGGAAAGAGUCCAAGCAUGAAAUUAUGUUGCGGAGCAUCUCUUGGCAGUUCCUCGCGGUUUCUGAGUUUUGAAGUGCAUAUAAGAAUAAUGAUCAAAGAUCAAAGACUAUUGUUAUCUCAUAUUAGAAAUAAUGUGUGUUUAUUCGAUGAACGUAGGAAAUAAUGUGCAUUUUUUGGGAUUAAGACUCUCCUUUGAACGGAGGAUGCCCCGAUUUAAUGCACGGUAGUUUGCUACUUGAGGGUGAACAUACCUAAUGAAUGCAUGAGCGUGCAUGAUGAGCCA